CAUACUUUUUACUGAUAAGUGAACUUCUGUCUGAAUGUUCUCUAGAGUAGAAGUGCCGAUUUUAAAAUUAACUUUUAUUUGACGGUAACGUGAUUUAAAUUUCAUUCCACCUUCUUGGUGGACUUUACGUGGUAUUAAUUUCCAUGAACUUAAUUUCAUGAAUUCCUCCAGAUAGAACUAGAGGUUUGUCAUUAAUAAUCCAUCGGUGCUCCCAAUACAAUGAUUUGACGUUUAUAAUUGCCUCUGACACAUAUUAGUUAUCACAUUUAUCGUUAGCAAGAGGUGAUUAACGAUUGAGAACCGUUUCUGAAAUGGAAACUGAUAUUACUGAUGACUUUACUCUUUGGAAACAGGGUGCCGAAGCCAGACUGUUUACCGGUAAUUAUCUCGGCAAAUCAAGCGUAAUGAAGGAAAGAUUCACCAAAAGUUAUAGGAAUUCAACUCUGGACGCUUACUUGACAAAAGAAAGGAUCAAAGCUGAAGCGAAGACUUUGGUGCGCUGCAGAACUGCAGGUAUCCCUACUCCAACAUUGUAUCUGGUGGACUUUGAGCGUAAAAGGAUAGUGAUGGAAAAUUUGGAAAACAGCCUGACAGUGAAAGAUUACAUAAUUCAGCUCAGUGAAACCGAUGAUAGCAACAAUAAUCUGAACGAAUUGGAAUUCAUAUCCCAAGAAAUAGGGAGGCUGCUCGGGAAAAUGCAUAGUGCCAAUAUAAUUCAUGGCGAUUUGACCACAUCCAAUAUGCUAGUAACUCAGGACAAUGGUAGUGUCAGACUGCAUUUGAUCGACUUCGGCCUCAGUUAUGUCCAACAAAGUAGUGAAGAUAAAGCAGUGGACCUGUACGUUCUUGAGCGAGCAUUGCUCAGCACACAUUCUAAUGUAGCACAAAUGUUCGGAGCUAUUCUAAACGCUUAUCAGCUUGUUUUUAAAGAUAAAGCAAAAGAAAUUCUUAAAAAAUUAUCAGAUGUCCGGGCAAGAGGUCGUAAAAGAGAUAUGAUUGGAUAGAAAGAAGUCUUUUCACCACAUAAAAACUGAACCUCACGACUGCUGGUUACGUAUGGGAAUUUUUCAUUUGAAUGAAUUUUCUAGAGCUCGAGAAUAUACGGCAAAAUUUUGCAAAAAGGAACAUAAUGGCAUUCUCCUAAAAUUUUAGUUGGAGAUACUGUUUAAUGUCUAAGGCUUAUUUUCUCCUGUUUAACAUAGACCAUUAUUGAAUUAUGAAAUUUUUUAAAAAAUGAUGGGUUUAUGUAAACGUACCUACUGUACUCCCCGCAAAAAGUAAAGAAAAAUCAGUUUAUUCUUAGUUAUGGCAAUACAAAUAAAUAAAUAAGAAAGUGAAAAAAGUCACCCAAGAAAUCGGUUCUGCUCAGCAGAAUUUCGACAGAAUAGUGAAUUUUCUAGCCGAUCAACUGAAGAUUUUACUGUGAUCGAGCAAAUUAGAGUUCUACUGCGGUGAAUAAUGACAAAAGACUUGUCAAAUUAAAUAUUUUUUUGGUUUUUUGCCUGCCUCAACUUUCAAUGUAUUUCCCGAAAAUAUACUUAUGAUGUAAAAAUAUUGAAUUAUAAAAUUUAAAUUGUAUUUUAAUGUUGUAAUAUUUUAUUACCAGUAGACUAACAGACAAGGUGCAAAUUUAAGCAGUCUGAUACAUGUUUCUCAAUCAAAAUUUCAUGUAAAACACGAUUAGCGCAACAAAAGUUGCUGAAAUCAACUCCUAACUAAGAUUUUUAACAUCUUUUGAUGCAUAAAUUCAAACCUUCAGCUUAUAAAAAACGAAAGUCGAAACGAGUUAAAUUGCUUGAUAAACGUUACCAUGAAAGUCUCUGAGGUAUGAGAACAUGGCAAUGUCAAUCUUCGUGCUUUGUCUCGUUUGUUGCAAGUUGUAAAGACUUUCAACAACAAAAAGUGGGAAAAUUACUCGAUCAUGAAGCCUGCCAAACCGUUUCAGUGCUCGAUUUCAUUCAAGUAGACUAUUAUCUUUCUUGAGAGCCAGGAAUUCCAAAUUCCUGUAAUCAACAUAAACUAUAAACGUUAAUACCUAAGUAAGGAGUUGAUUUUAAAGAUUUUCGUAGCACAAAUCAUUCUUUUUAAGAGAUUUUCGUCAGGAAACAUGCAUCUACGUAAAUGCUUAUAUUUGCAACUUGUCCUCUGGUCCAAUGUGAAAAAGAGCUUUUCAUGGUCUUUCAGCUUAUUUAAGAAAAAAUAUGACCGAGUCUUGGAGCAAGAAAUAAAGCUUAUGUACAUUGGCAUUAA